AUGCUCGCUAUCAAGGGUAUGAGCGCCGCCGUGGCCGCCCGCGGGUGUCGACCGGCCCGCGCGCGGCGCAUGGCUGUGCGUGCUGCAGCCAAGCCCUCGGGGGACGCGGGGCGCGCGUCGCACGUGGCGCACAUCAAGCCCGGCGAGACCAGCGAGCAGGCGGAGGAGCGGCGCGAGCAGGAAUCGAUGCGCGUCCAGGAGCGCGUCAAGUACAUCACCUGCAGGGAGGACUACGACCGCGAGAUCGCGGCCGCGGGGUCGAAGCUCGUGCUCCUCGAGGUCACUUCGGACAACGUGUGUCAGACCGGACUCAAGGAGGAGGUGGAGUCCAACUGGCGGCGGAAGCAGUCCGACAUCAUGCAGCCCUGCGUCAACCUCAAGCACUCCUUCCAGCGCGUCGCCCGGGAGUGCGACGACGCGGUCUUCCUCGAGAUCAUUGGCGACAUGGGCCCCGAAACAAAGGCGCUGUGCAAGGAUCUGGGCGUGGACACGAUUCCGUCGCUGCUGUUCAUCCGCGAGGGGCGGGAGCUGUGGCGGCACGCCGGGCACCUCAACGCCGCGGAGGACCUCGGCGAGGGCAUGCUCUUCUACAACGACACGCUCGCGGGCAACGAGAAGGCCACGAGCUUCGUCAAGGACCUCCACUCCGGCGCCGACCUCCAGGCCUUCCUCGCCUCGCGGCCCAAGGGCGAGGUCACGUGCGUCAACGUCACGGUGUCGACCUCCGCGCCCUGCAUCCACGUCUACCCGGCCGUCGUCUCCCUCGCGAAGCACUUCCAGGGCUACUGCGGGUUCGCGCGCCUGGACAUCGACCUCGCCGCGGACGGCAGCGAGAUCCUGAACAAGUAUAACAUUCUGGAUGUUCCGCUCUUCAUGUUCUUCCGGGACGGCGUGCAGAUCCACCGGUUCUCCGGCGGGUCGCGCUCGGACCUGCUCGGGCAGGUCCUCAAGAUCGCGCCCGUGCCGCCGCCGCCCGGCGCCGUGCAGGCGCGCUGA